AUGUCCUCCGUCAACGAUAACGCCUCUUCACCCGGGAGCGGUGAUGGGGUGAGCAAGCGCAAACAAGGCUCGGCAGCGUGUGUUCACUGUCACCGGCGCAAAGUCCGUUGUGAUGCUCGAGUUGUCGGAACCCCCUGUACAAACUGUCGCACCUCUGGCAAGACCGACUGCCGCAUCCACGAGAAAAAAAAACGUCUCGCAGUGCGUUCAAUUCUCGAUCCCGUUCCGAUCCGAUCUCGGCCUCUGCCGACGUCUGAUCAUGCCGCCAAUCCUAUAACUUCAGCCGGCACACCGCUGCCGCCAAGCUUUCCAACUGCAUUUGGGGUUGGCUCUGCGCUUGCAGGCAAUUCCCCGCAGCAAACCUUCCUAUCCAAUGCCGCAGAACCAUUUCAUCAAGGCCCGGAUCUGUCACACGCCCAGGAGGCGCACACGGAGAUGGAGCAACAUCUUGUGAAACUAAUUGAUGAAGAAGAAUCCGGUCGAAGAGAAAUUCAGCGAGGUGUUCGCGCUUUCUAUGUCGGCCAUGAACAUUCCAAUAUGUCAUUCUUGAUUCGCCAACAGCGGGAUCAGGACGACGAUGUAUACCAUUUUGCGAGCAAUGAAAUUCCUCGGCGCCAGAUGAAGACUGGGCAUGACCAGCUCCUCAUGGAUGCGCUGACUCUCCCCGAACCAGCUCUGGCGGAUGAGUUGGUGCAGUCAUAUUUCACCUACGUCAAUCCGGGGUACCCAAUCGUCGACGAGGAUUUGUUCAUGACACAGUAUCGCAAUCGAGAUCCUGCAGAUCCUCCUCCAAUCUUGUUGCUGCAAGCUAUUUUGUUAGUAGGAGCCCAUGUCACUCGCGGUAAGGCAGAGCGCGAUGCAUUGAAAGAGAUCUUCUUUCGCCGGACUAAAUACCUAUUCGACAAUCGUAUUGAACGAAACCGAGAUAUUUUGGUCCAAACAGCGCUGCUGUUGACUUGGCAUUCUGAUAGUGCCGACGAUGACGUCGCUGCAGAUGCCCACUUCUGGGUUGGUGUAGCUGCCCGGAUCGCCACAGGUCUAGGAAUGCAUCGCAACCCGGUCUCAAGCCGGUUUGUCACCCGAGACAGGCGAAUGUGGAGAAGAGUAUGGUUCAUCCUGGUUCAGUUCGAUGUGAUGGUCUCUCUUUCAUAUGGUAGACCGCAGGCUAUAAACCUGGACGACUCUGAUGUGUCACCUCUGACACCUGCUGACUUUGAAAACUGUGGCCCUCGUGUACAAGCUGAAUUUGUCAUUCACUUUACAGCACUGUGCACUAUGAUUUCUUAUCUUAUCCGGGAUCGCUUUGGCCUCCGGGCUAGCGAUGAGCGACGAAAGGCCGUUUUGCAAGAGGCCGAUGAAUCUUUGGCGAAUUGGUCGUUGAAGCUGCCUGAUAACCUGCGUCUCCGAGCGUCCGAUAUGGAUCCUUGGUCAGCUAUGUUGCACCUCACCUAUAACAAUUUCCUCAUUUUACUUCAUCGGCCACAUCCAAGAGCAUCGGCAUAUUCCGAUGACUAUGGCCCUCACGACGCAGAAAUUUGUAGCGCAGCUGCUGGAGUCAUUGCUUCCAUCUUCGAGGAGCUCCGAAUGAAUGACCGCUUGAAGUUCUUAUGGUACACUGGUGUCCAUACCCUGUUCACGGCCAUGAUUCAAGUCCGUGUGGAACUUCGAUUCUCUAAUCCGGUUCUUGCCAUCAAUGCAUUGCGUCGUUUCGAUUCCGCAUCUUAUUCGUUGCGGGAAUUGGCCCAGUACUGGGUUCACGCAGGCACCAUUUUGCGACUCUUUGAAGACUCCAAACGUCUUCAAGAGGACUUGCGCCUGGCAACCACUGACCGAUCCAAAUCAUAUAACGCUGUUCCACCUGUCAAUAAGAUGCCCAUCACGGUAUCCGAGGCCGCCGCAGCCAUGCAAGCUGUGCAUACUCCACGCCCCCUCUCCUUUGGUGUACCGACUCCAGAAUCCUCGCACACCCCAAUGCAAGGCACAUUGUCACCGCAGCCCGCUCCGCAGUUCGACAAUUGGAUCACCGCUCCUCUUCGACUCAAUGUUGGUCCUAUGGACAGAAAUGACCCCUACUCUGCCAACAUGCAGGUAGACCAAAUGGAUCAAACUCGUGAUUAUCCAGACUGGAGACAAUUGUUCUCUUUCACCGAUUCCGAACUUGCAGUCCCCAUGGCUGGCGAGGGACUCCUCGAAUUGGAAGACGAAUGGCGGCAGAUUUACUGGCAGGAUACACCAAUGGCGGAUCUCAUACAAGAUGGCAGUUGGCUUCCUGGCUAG